UCUCAUUGGUGACUGCAACAAGAUUUCACUUCCACAACGCUUGCACCGCUGUGGCUCGGAGACGGGUUUGUUUCGACGCAAGACCUCAAGCGAGUGGAUCUGCGAUCUCGGUUGGAAUGGACGUUAUCGAAACCGAAGAGAAGCUACAAGCCCUAUCCAACAAUGCCAAGGUCACCUUUAUAAAUAUAUUGCGCAUCUGGAAGGAGACCAGGGUGUUCAGCAUCAAGGAGAUGCGGAGGGUCGCCGAUGCGCUGGACAAACUGGAGAAAGAUGUCACCAUCUCCCAGACAGCGGGCACGGCCACCAGCCUUGUUGGUGGCAUCGUGGCUACCGCUGGGAUCAUCGCGGCCCCGUUCACGUUCGGUGCCUCUGCUCUAAUAGCAGGUGUGGUGGGAGCUGGGAUUGGCAUAACGGGUGGUUUGGUGACAGCUGGGAGCAACCUUUCCAAGUUCUUAAUAAAAAAAUGCAAACUCAAGCCCACUGAUGCAGCCAUUAAAUUGGACACAGAAAGGGCGGAAGAGGUCAUGAAUUCACUGAUAAACAUCAAGGAAGCAUGCAUCGAGCUUACUCAUUUCGACAAGCAAGACUACAGGGCGUAUUCUUUCAGGAAAGCUUACGGAAAGCUGUGCAGACAUGUGGGUGUCCGGCCUGGCAGUGGUGAUCAGUUCGCCGAGUCUGUGGUACGAGUGUUCAUCAGUGUAGGCAUUGUUCCAGUGAAGGCAGCUGAUGCAGUUGAGAUUGGAGUGAGUGCGAUCAAAGCAGUAAGAUUUGGGACAAAAGCAAGCUUGGUGGGAGUUGAUUUGGCAAAUAAUGCCAGGAUGGGAGCUUCUAUGGUCAAAACUGCCAGUAUGGCAGUGGGAAAGGCUGCAUUUUCUGGCGUCUUUUCUUCCUUGGGGAUCGUCUUAGACGUCGGAUUCCUUGCCUACUUGGGAAGGAAGCUGCACAAAGGGAGCCCAUCCCAGGUGGCGAAGGAGUUGCGGGAGAGGGCUGACAUGUUUGAGCAGCAGCUGCCAAAGUUUGAUGAAUUUGCCAAGCGUUUUCCUGGGCCGCCGUCGUGUCUGGAGCGACUCUAUCUCCAAGCACGUCGCAAGAUCUCGAAAAUGGAUCUGUGCUCUAUUGUUCUGUGCUUUGCUGCUCUGCUAGUUGGUAUAUGGGCCCUAAUCGCGUGGCUUUGUAGUGGUCCCAUGCCGAUGACCGCGCUAGGUUUCCCUCGCCCUGCAGAGCGAGCGAGGGUUGUCGUGCAGGAGCAGAGCUCAUUUUUCUGGCACAUGGUUUAUGUCACUCUGACCUUUGUGUUCAUGCUUGGUACUGCGGCCGUCUUGCUCCUUUUCUAACAAACGUGCAAUCACAUCAGCGGCGGUACAACAGACAUGCUUUCAGGUGCGGGAGCCUGUGUGCAAUGUAAGAUUGUAGGCUGAAAGAAGUGGGUUAGGAAGGUGUUGUUUUGCAGGUUGCCAUUCCACAAGGCUCUUUGCCGUCUCUGACAUUAUUUCUUCUCUUUGUGACUUGCUAUAUCCUGCUCACAUCAUUCACUCUUUAUAACAGCACUGGUAAUUCAUGAUACUCAUCAGUAGUAUAGAUUCCACUCUCAGCUGCCAAAUGUGCCGAAUCAAAAAAAGGAGGGGGUCUCGUUUACGAACCGUGAACCAAUCCCUCGUUUUCCCAUUUGCCUUUGAGUUUGUGGAUCGCGGAUUUGCCGCUUUCAGCUAUUUUCAAGAACGUAACCCUUGCCGUAAGUAAGCGUUUGGUGUAGAAGUUCAGCCGGAGUUAGAAUACUGUUGUCAAAUCUGGGAUUACCUCAUUCCUACAGUUCUGACAUUGGAAAGCACGAAUAAUCCCCAUUUAUGAUGUUUUUUGACUUGUUUGCAUAGUUUAGUGAAUUGCCAUGUAUUUGUAUGAAUGCUUGCAAAUCUUGUUGUAGUAUCGUAUAAACAUAGUCAUGUUUUUUUUUUUACGAAUGGUGAAGGUUUAUUUACCUGUGAUUGACAAGGAUAUCGGUGACACGUAACAAUAAGUGAUUGAGAAGUAAAAUCCUACUGUCGACAUUGUCCAUUCACCGCGCAUAUAGCAUCAGCAUUGAUUCAGAGACGACCUUGAGGAAUCCAUUUAUAUUUUAUUCAGCCUGGAGAGUUUAUAUACCA